ACGUCGCCAUGGUGCAUCACUCGGGCUCAAUCCAGUCCUUCAAGCAGCAGAAAGGCAUGCACACCAGCAUCAGCGAGAUCCUGAAGGAGAAGAGCCUGAAGCCGUCUCGCCGCAGCCUGCCCUGCCUUGCCCAGAGUCACACUCAUCCAAUCAACCUCAACCACUUCCUGUCUGUGCCCCUGAGCCCGGAGCCCAAACCAGAAGUCGAGGGUCUGAGUCAGAGCAUCAGCACCUCCUGCAGCCUCCUCCCCCCACGGACAGCAGAGGAUGGCAAGGAUGAUUAUGUGGAGGAGUCAGAGGUGACUACAUGUGGAACAAGGGCAGACGAGUCAUUUCUGCUACAAAAGCCUGCCACUCGUGCUAAAUUGGAGGCCCGCACAUUUUCAGUUCAGAGAAAGAAUCCAGCUGGUUCCUCUGGGCUCUUUUUCCGAGAUGGGAAAAAGCGUAUUGACUACAUCCUGGUGUACAAGAAGUCCAGUCCACAGGUGGAAAAGAGGUGCACGUUUGAGAAGAAUUUGCGUGCUGAGGGCCUGAUGCUUGAGAAGGAGCCUUCCUUGACAAACAACGACAUCAUGUUUGUGAAGGUCCAUGCUCCUUGGGAUACGCUUUGCAAAUAUGCGGAGCAGAUGAACAUCCGAAUGCCUUUCAGGAAAAAAUGUUAUUUUACGGACUGGAAGAGCAAAACCUUGGGCAGCAGGUUUCAUCUGAGAUGUCGUCAGAUAAAAAGCUGGCUUCCCAGAAAUCCCAUGAAGCUUGACAAAGAGGCCUUACCUGACCUGGAGGAGACCGACUGCUACACAGCCCCCUUCAGCAGAGCACGCAUGCAUCACUUCACUAUCAACAACAGAGAGAGCUUCUUCUCCAAUUCCACCAGAAGCAGAAUCGUUCAUCAUGUCCUGCAGCGCACCAAGUACGAGGAUGGAAAAUCAAAGAUGGGUAUCAACCGGUUGUUGGGCAACAACACUUACGAGGCUGCAUUUCCUCCUCAUGAGGUAAGACAACUUUUAUUUUGGCUGAAGAGAUUCACAAAUCGUCAAACUAUAAAAUGCCUUCUGUCAUGUGGAUCUUCUUACUCCAUAUGUCAUCAGGGUGGUUACAAGAGCAGACAUCCUAUCAAGACACACGGUGCCCAGAACCACAGGCAUCUUCUGUAUGAGCGCUGGGCCCGCUGGGGCAUCUGGUACAAAUACCAGCCUCUGGACCUCAUCAGGCGUUACUUUGGUGAGAAAAUCGGCCUUUACUUUGCAUGGUUGGGCUGGUACACCGGCAUGUUGAUCCCUGCCGCCCUGGUUGGUGUUUUAGUCUUCCUCUAUGGUCUCUUCACUAUGGACUCGAGCCAAGUCAGUAAAGAGAUUUGUGAAGCCAACACGACCAUCAUGUGUCCUAUGUGUGAGGAGACCUGUGACCCGUGGACGCUUAGUGACAGUUGUGUCUACGCCAAGGUGACCCAUCUGUUUGACAAUGGCGGCACUGUGUUCUUCGCUAUCUUCAUGGCUAUCUGGGCCACAGUAUUCCUGGAGUUCUGGAAAAGGAGGAGGGCAGAACUGACUUAUGACUGGGAUCUCAUUGAUUGGGAGGAGGAAGAGGAGGAGCUGAGGCCUCAGUUUGAAGCCAAAUACUCCAGGGUGGAGAGAGUCAACCCCAUCUCUGGCAAGCCUGAGCCUUUCCAGCCCUUCUCAGACAAACUCAGCCGGCUCAUGGUGUCUGUGUCCGGAAUAUUCUUCAUGAUUUCCCUCGUUCUGACAGCCGUGUUUGCUGUGGUGGUUUUUCGUCUCAUUGUGAUGGAGAAGUUUGCCUCUUUCAACUGGAAGUUUGUGAAGAAGAACUGGCAGUUUGCCACCUCUGGCACUGGUGUCUGCAUCAACUUUAUGAUCAUCAUGUCUCUCAACGUGGUGUACGAAAAGGUGGCCUAUCUGCUGACUAAUUUAGAGCACCCACGGACAGAGUCUGAGUGGGAGAACAGCUUUGCUCUGAAGAUGUUCCUGUUCCAGUUUGUAAAUUUGAACAGCUCCACAUUUUACAUCGCUUUCUUUCUUGGAAGGUUUGCUGGCAGGCCUGGAAAAUACAAUAAACUCUUUAAUCGAUGGAGAUUGGAGGAGUGUCACCCGAGCGGCUGUUUGAUUGAUCUGUGCCUGCAAAUGGGAGUCAUCAUGUUCUUCAAACAAAUCUGGAACAACUUCAUGGAGCUCGGUUAUCCUCUGCUGCAGAACUGGUGGUCUCGCAGGAAGAUAAAGAAAGGAGGUGGAGGAGGGCAGAACGUAGAGAAUAAAGCCCAGCUUCCACAGUGGGACAAAGACUGGAAUCUGCAGCCGAUGAACGCCCAUGGACUGGUGGAUGAAUACCUUGAAAUGGUUCUCCAGUUUGGCUUCACUACCAUCUUUGUAGCGGCAUUCCCACUGGCUCCUCUUCUGGCUCUGCUCAACAACAUCAUUGAGAUUCGACUUGACGCUUACAAGUUUGUCACUCAGUGGAGGAGACCCAUGCCUGCCCGGGCCACUGACAUCGGUAUCUGGCAUGGGAUUCUCGAAGGUAUUGGCGUGCUGGCAGUCAUCACCAACGCCUUCGUCAUUGCCAUCACCUCAGACUACAUCCCCCGCUUUGUUUACGCCUUCAAAUAUGGCCCAUGUAUGGACAAGGGACACCACCAUCAGGAUGAGUGUUUGCGAGGCUACAUGAACAGCAGCCUCUCUGUGUUUGACAUGGGUGAGCUGAAGAACAGCAGCCAGCCCAGAUACUGCAGGUACAGAGACUACAGGGCACCGCCCUGGAGCUCGGUGCCGUAUGAAUUCACUCUGCAAUUCUGGCACGUCUUGGCUGCCAGGCUGGCCUUCAUCAUCGUCUUUGAGCACCUGGUGUUUGGGAUCAAGUCCUUCAUAGCGUACCUCAUUCCGGAUAUGCCGAAGGAUCUCUGCGAUCGCAUGAGGAGGGAAAAGUACCUGAUGCAGGAGAUGAUGUACGAAGCGGAACUGGAGCACCUGCAGAAGGAGAGAAAGAAGAACGGACGGCGUUAUCACCACGAGUGGCCUUAGCCUUACCCCCACGUCUCCACUACACGCAGCACAGCCCUCAACUCACAGGCACAACCUCCCCUGCCUGCUUGUUUAUGUAUUUUAGCUUUGAGAGUCUAGCUUCACUCGGCUGAUUCUGUACACCAAAGACACCUUCUUCAGUGACCAGAUCCUCCCCCAGCCUGUUUGGCUUCAACCCAAGCGCCGACCCCGACCCCUCCCUCGCCAUCUGUUCCACGACCAGUGUUGGUGCUGCUCUUGGUUUCUGCCUCUGACCCUUACUGCCCUGCCCCGAUCCCUCACCUGGCUUCAUCCAGCAGGUGGCCCUUGGGUCUGUGCUGUGUCAUGGCUUCACUGGGGAAACCUGUGCAAUUGCAAUGUUUACUAUGCAGAUCAAGGGCUGCAGAUCACCAUUGUUCACUUUUGGCAUCCAUCCUUCACUCUGUCCGUGUGGCAGCUAGCACAUCCCUUUGGCCGUGCAGUCUGGUGCAGCCCACAGCAUGGUCGUGUAUUUAUCCCAUGAGCGUCAGCAGAGCCACUCUUCUACCGGCUAUGCGACAGAGCUACUGCAGCACUUAGCGUUUUCUUAUUGCAAAAUUGAUUCUGGUGAUGUGGCUUCCAAAUAAAACGGACAAUGUUCUUGCAAAGUGACUGUAUAUUGCCCUUGAAGCAUGCUGAUUAAUAUUUGCUAGCAUUUCAUAAACUGCCAAGAAAAAAAUAACAGACACAAAAACAGCAGCACUCAUCGUUGAGGAUGCUAACAUCCAUUGCGUACAUCGGAAAACGAAUUCUCUAUGAAGUCAUAUAAAAUGCAUGGUAAUAUUGUUUUGUACCUUUUGAUAAAGUCUUGAUGCCUGGUUCACAUGUGUCUGUACUCAGUGUGAGCUGUGUGGUAAUCUCUGUCUGUGAACUGCCGAGCUUGACUGUCUUGAGUUUAGGAAAUGUGAACUUAGAGCGAUUUGAUUGUGCCUACAGUUGUGCGCACCACAAUUGUGUCACCAACAUCACGUGUGCCUGUUUGUGCUGCACGUGCUUUUCAAGUGCAAGAAAUAUUCUCUCUUCUUGUUCUGUUGUCUGGUCUGCUAUAAACUCUCUGAACUCUGCUGUAAGGGUUUGUUUUGGAUGUGAGACACACCACAGUACUCGGAUCUCAGCUAAUGGGUCUGAAACACAUCAGCGCUAUAAGUUGAAAUGCGACUCCCAUCGUGAACAAUGUAUACACUCGCAUGCAGGAGCUGCAAAUCUGCUCUUCCGUUCUGCGCUCGCAGCCUGUUUUUCAUUUGCUAUUGGAAACCCUGAAGCGUGGUUGAAACUUGGAUCACUUAGGCAUACCUGUGGCUUGGAUGCUCAAUUUGCAAAGAACAUCCAUCCACUGUUCCUAACUCACAAAGUACACUAACAUACUUCACUUCUAGUCUUUUAUUAAACACAGGGUCAGAUGCGGUUUCAGCUGAUUUUUGACCUUUAAUCAAAGAGUAGGAUUUGUUAAAUGCAGAGUCAUGACAUUGCCUUUUAUUGUGGUGGGUUCUGAUGUCAAGGAUCAGAGCAGCAUAUUUUUGCCCAACAAGAACUCAGGAAAACAGGCAGCACGAGUGACACAUCCAUCCGUGAGGCUGAGUCAGAGUCAUAAUCAUUUCCUGCUUCAUCCAUGUUGAGACGGAAAGUUGUGGAGGAUGUACAGUAAAGUGUUAAUGAGGGAGCUGUACUUGCUAGUGAUGAAAAGUAUAACAGAGGCCCAAACACUGACCCAGUACCAGUCAUGCUGAUCAUGUGGUGGUAAAUAUGAUGCUAAAUAUGAUCAUAUGAUGGUAAAGAUUCAGAGUAAUGUGCACAUUGUGCACAGUCAAAGUGAAGGUUACACCAACGUUACAUCUGAAGGUGAAGAAUAUCACUACCCUGAAUGCGUCGCACAACACAGAGAAACUUAUCACUCAUUUUGCAAGAAUUGUACAUUAAUUGGAUUUGUUCAUUUAUUUAUUUUGCUGUUCUUUGUAUAUACAUUUUAUGAUGUACGUAAUGUUUUUAUACUAUUUAUUUUGUGUUACCAUUCCGAGUUCACCUGUUUUCACCCUCAGUUAGACAAAGUAACAUCCACAUCUCUCAGGUGUCCUCUGAAUGUUCGCAGAUGAUUAACUUUUUUUCAUAUUUUCUAAGAUCCAAUCAAAGGUUUCCUGCUUUUUAAGAUAUAUAUUUUUGCACUGCAGUGCGUUGCAUGACUAUAAGGCACUCUCACGAUUAAAGCAUGUUUGAUUUUCCGUUUGCAUAAUCCCAGUAUGUAUAUUAGAGCAGAUCAUGGGAAUCAUGGAAUACAAUCAUACAGUUUAUUAUGGAGACUUCUGAUGCAGGUUCUUGGCUAAAAAAUAAUGUUGCAUUCAGGUCAUAAUAUUCAGUCCAGUGAUUCAUAAUGACUUCUCUCACAAGAAUGAGAUAUUUGUUUUUAAAUCUUAUUCCAAUAUUAGGAAACUAGUCCAGGUUUUCAGAAUAUCUUCCCUGCUAUGUGAACAUUGAAAAUCUAUGCAUGUUGUUAUCCUUGAGCGCUACUUUUCUUUUGAGCAGAUGCAGAUGUAAAUGUACAGGUGCAUUUGUACUGUAGAGUAUGCAUGACCUAACACCUGCUAUGAGCAGUGCUAACUUCUGUAAAGUUGUUAACGGCGUCUUAAACAUAUCACCUCCCUUUUUCAGUGUUGAUCGUUUUUGGAGGCCGGGAAAAGACAUAUGUUUCUUGAUGUGGCAGAAUUUUAAACUAUAAGAAUAUUUUCUAAAUAAUAGCUUAGACUCAAGACUGAUUAGUAUAAUCUGUCCUGGACUGAAUUUCAAGGAGUCUGAUUAAAAAAAAUCUCAUACUUGUUUUGUUUGAACACUCAACUGGGAAUUAGAAUUAGGUUUACCCUCAAACAGCUGACGUGUUUAACCUAAUGGGGAUAGGGGUCAUUUUUAUGAAUAAUUACAUGACCUUGACUUGCCCAGCUACUAAUCAUUUCCGGAUGGAUCUCUUUCCUGUUGUCUUCUCCUCUCCGAGAGCAUUGUUUCACCUACUCACUAAUAAAAAUGCUGCACAGUGGUGGAAAGGUGUUUCUCAUGUCUUCUACUGUUGGCAAUAGCACAUUAUGGGUAUUGUAUAAUAAGUAAUAACGGCAUGACCUUGCACAUCUCUUAAAACAUAGCAGUCUAGAGGGGAUUAAUCUUUGUGUUCUAUGCUAUGCCUCCUAAUAGGAUUGUGCUCAAGCAAGUGAUGUGCUUGACGAGGAAGCACAGUGAAGUUAGACCAUAGAUUUAACUGUAUAAUAGAUGGUGUCAGUCGUGACAUGACGUGUAUCAAUAAUAUUGUUGACUUUGUUCCUGUUUACAUGUAAAAACAUAUUGAAAUGUAUAAAAAUAAUAUAGAAUAAUUUGGAUAUCACUCUUUUCU